GGGGAGCUGGCGUGGGGAUUACCUGUUUGAAGUUAGCGUUGCUUUGCUCCAGGCUAGGAAAUGGAUUUCAAGAAAAUGCUGAAGACGCCAGAAGAAUGGAUUUGGAGUUCCAUGGAGUGAUGAGAUUUUAUUUUCAAGAUAAAGCUGCUGGAAACUUUGCGACAAAGUGUAUCCGGGUCUCUAGUACGGCCACCACUCAAGACGUCAUCGAGACGCUCGCAGAGAAGUUCCGGCCUGACAUGCGAAUGCUGUCUUCUCCCAAGUACUCGCUCUAUGAGGUGCAUGUCAGCGGAGAAAGAAGAUUGGAUGUAGAUGAGAAACCCCUAGUUGUACAGUUGAAUUGGAAUAAAGAUGAUCGAGAGGGCCGAUUUGUCCUUAAGAAUGAGAACGACGCCUUUCCUCCUAAGGCUCAAAGUAACGGACCUGAGAAGCAGGAGAAAGAAGGUGUCAUCCAGAACUUCAAGAGAACUCUCUCAAAGAAGGAGAAGAAGGAGAAAAAGAAGAGAGAAAAAGAAGCAAUGAGACAGGCGUCUGAUAAAGAUGAUAGACCUUUCCAAGGGGAUGACAUUGAGAAUUCUCGACUGGCUGCCGAGGUUUACAAAGACAUGCCUGAAACCAGCUUCACCCGGACUAUUUCCAAUCCCGAGGUGGUUAUGAAACGGCGGAGGCAGCAAAAACUGGAGAAGAGAAUGCAGGAAUUUCGGAGCUCAGAUGGGCGACCUGAUUCGGGUGGAACACUGAGAAUUUAUGCAGAUAGUUUAAAACCAAAUAUCCCCUACAAGACAAUCCUGCUGUCUACUACAGACCCUGCAGACUUCGCAGUAGCUGAAGCUCUGGAGAAGUAUGGUCUGGAAAAAGAAAACCCGCAGGAUUACUGCAUUGCCCGCGUCAUGCUUCCUCCUGGAGCCCAGCAUUCUGAUGACAAAGGCGCUAAAGAAGUCAUCCUGGAUGAGGAUGAGUGUCCUUUACAGAUCUUCAGGGAGUGGCCGGGUGACAAAGGGAGUUUGGUCUUUCAGUUGAAGAGGAGGCCCCCGGAUUACAUCCCAAAGAAAAGUAAGAAGCACGGCGACGGGAAGCUGGCGAAGGGGAAGGAGAGGGCGGACGCGGCCGGCUACGGCUCUGCGCUGCCGCCCGACAAGCUGCCCUACCUCGUGGAGCUGAGCCCGGACGGUUCUGACUCCAGAGAUAAGCCCAAGCUUUACCGCCUUCAGUUAAGCGUGACUGAGGUCGGGACGGACAAGCUGGAUGACAGCUCCAUCCAGUUGUUUGGUUCAGGAAUUCAGCCCCAUCACUGUGACCUCACGAACAUGGACGGAGUUGUCACCGUCACUCCGAGAAGCAUGGAUGCAGAGACCUACGUGGAAGGACAGCGCAUCUCAGAGACGACCGUGCUGCAGAGUGGGAUGAAGGUGCAGUUUGGGGCAUCCCACGUGUUCAAGUUUGUGGACCCCAGCCAGGACCACGCGCUUGCCAAGAGAUCCGUGGACGGAGGCCUCACAGUGAAGGGUCCCAGACAUAAGCCUGGAGUUGUUCAGGAGACGACUUUUGACUUAGGAGGAGAUGUUCACAGUGGAACAGCAUUGCCAACGAGCAAGAGCGCCACGAGACUGGACAGUGACAGAGUGCCGUCUGCCUCCAGCACAGCCGAGCGAGGGAUGGUGAAGCCAAUGGUCAGAGAACAGCAGCAGGAUUACCGCCGGCAGGACAACAGAACUCAGGAUCUUCCUGGGCCUGAGCUCAUAUUGCCUGCAAGCAUUGAAUUCAGGGAGAGUGCUGAAGAUUCAUUUUUAUCUGCCAUUAUCAAUUACACGAAUAGCUCUACAGUCCACUUUAAGCUGUCCCCUACAUACGUGUUAUACAUGGCCUGUCGGUAUGUAUUGUCGAGCCAGUACAGGCCCGACGUCAGUCCCACGGAGCGGACGCACAAGGUGAUUGCGAUCGUCAACAAGAUGGUGAGCAUGAUGGAAGGGGUGAUCCAGAAACAGAAGAACAUUGCAGGGGCUCUUGCCUUCUGGAUGGCAAACGCCUCUGAGCUUCUCAACUUCAUCAAGCAGGACCGAGAUCUCAGUCGAAUCACAUUGGAUGCCCAAGAUGUUUUAGCACACUUGGUUCAAAUGGCGUUUAAAUAUCUGGUUCACUGUCUUCAAUCAGAACUGAAUAAUUAUAUGCCAGCCUUUCUGGAUGACCCGGAAGAGAACAGUCUGCAAAGACCGAAAAUAGACGAUGUCCUGCACACACUCACGGGCGCCAUGUCUCUGCUGCGACGCUGCAGAGUGAACGCCGCACUGACCAUCCAGCUCUUCUCUCAGCUCUUCCACUUCAUCAACAUGUGGCUGUUCAACAGACUGGUGACGGACCCCGAGUCGGGACUGUGCUCCCACUACUGGGGGGCGAUCAUCCGCCAGCAGCUGGGGCAUGUUGAGGCGUGGGCAGAGAAGCAGGGCCUGGAGUUGGCCGCCGACUGUCACCUCAGCAGGAUAGUGCAGGCAACCACUUUGCUCACGAUGGAUAAGUAUGCACCUGAGGACAUCCCCAACAUAAACAGCACCUGCUUCAAGUUAAAUUCCCUGCAGCUUCAAGCCUUGUUGCAGAAUUAUCACUGUGCGCCCGACGAGCCCUUCAUCCCAGCGGAUCUGAUAGGAAGCGUAGUGGCUGUGGCCGAGAACACGGCUGACGAGCUGGCGCGCAGUGAUGGCAGGCAGGUGCAGCUGGAAGAGGAUCCUGACCUGCAGCUGCCUUUCCUUCUGCCAGAAGAUGGCUAUUCUUGUGAUGUCGUCAGAAACAUGCCAAACGGUUUACAAGAGUUUUUAGACCCUCUGUGCCAGAGAGGAUUUUGCAGGUUAAUUCCUCAUGCACGUUCACCAGGUACCUGGACAAUAUAUUUUGAAGGUGCGGAUUAUGAAAGUCACCUCAUGCGUGAGAACACAGAACUGGCUCAGCCUCUGAGGAAGGAACCGGAAAUAAUCACCGUGACGCUGAAGAAGCAGAAUGGGAUGGGCCUCAGCAUCGUCGCAGCAAAGGGCGCCGGGCAGGAUAAACUCGGAAUCUACGUCAAGUCUGUCGUGAAAGGAGGUGCUGCGGAUGUGGAUGGACGACUGGCCGCUGGUGACCAGCUGCUCAGUGUGGAUGGACGAAGUCUGGUAGGACUCUCUCAAGAAAGGGCAGCAGAACUCAUGACAAGAACAAGUUCCGUGGUGACACUGGAAGUAGCAAAGCAAGGAGCGAUUUAUCACGGUCUUGCUACCCUGCUCAAUCAGCCAUCCCCGAUGAUGCAAAGAAUUUCAGAUCGCCGUGGCUCAGGUAAACCCCGACCAAAGAGCGAAGGUUUUGAGCUCUACAAUAAUUCAGCUCAGAAUGGGUCACCGGAGAGCCCGCAGCUGCCGUGGGCAGAAUACAGUGAACCAAAGAAACUGCCCGGCGACGACAGGCUGAUGAAGAAUCGAGCUGAUCACCGCUCCAGCCCCAACGUAGCAAAUCAGCCUCCUAGUCCUGGAGGGAAAAGUGCGUACGCCCCUGGAACGACGGCCAAGAUCACGUCUGUCUCUACUGGAAACCUCUGCACUGAGGAGCAGACUCCUCCCCCCAGACCUGAAGCCUACCCCAUCCCCACUCAGACGUACACCAGAGAGUAUUUCACCUUCCCGGCCUCCAAGUCCCAGGACCGGAUGGCUCCUCCUCAAAACCAGUGGCCAAGUUACGAGGAAAAGCCACACUUGCACACAGACAGCAGUCAUUCCAGUGCCGCAAUUCAGCGUGUUACCCGUUCCCAGGAGGAACUCCGGGAAGAGAAAGCUUAUCAGCUGGAGCGGCAUCGAAUAGAGGCGGUUAUGGAUCACAAGUCUGAUAGUGAUAUGUGGAUAAAUCAGAGUUCCUCACUGGGCUCCAGUGCAUCCAGCCAAGAGCACCUGGACCACUCCUCCAAGGCAGGCACCCCUGCUUCCACUCUGACCAAAAGUGGCCCUGGGCGCUGGAAGACGCCAGCGGCUGUGCCGCCCAUGCCCGUGGCUGUCUCCCAGCCUAUUCGAACAGACCUGCCCCCACCACCCCCUCCGCCUCCCGCCCACUAUGCCAGUGAGUUUGACGGAAUCCCCAUGGAUUUGCCUCUCCCACCCCCUCCUUCUGCCAGCCAGUUAGGACCUCAGUCUGCCCAGGUGGCUGCUGCAGAGCGGAAGAAGAGAGAAGAGCAUCAGCGGUGGUAUGAGAAGGAAAAGGCCCGUCUAGAGGAGGAGCGGGAGAGAAAGCGAAGGGAGCAGGAGAGAAAGCUGGGCCAGAUGCGCACCCAGGCUCUGAACCCCGCUCAGUUUCCUCCUGCGGCUGUCCAGCAGAUGAAGCCGGAAAAGCCCUCCACGCUCCAGAGGCCCCAGGAGACCGUCAUUCGGGAGCUGCAGCCCCAGCAGCAGCCCCGCACGAUUGAGCGCAGAGACUUGCAGUACAUCACCGUCAGCAGAGAGGAGCUCUCCUCGGGGGACAGUCUCUCUCCAGACCCGUGGAAGCGGGACGCCAAGGAGAAGCUUGAGAAGCAGCAGCAGAUGCACAUUGUGGAUAUGCUGAGCAAGGAGAUCCAGGAACUCCAGGGCAAGCCGGACCGCACCGCGGAGGAGAACGACCGCCUGCGGAAGCUCAUGCUGGAGUGGCAGUUCCAGAAGAGGCUCCAGGAGUCGAAGCAGAAGGACGAGGACGAUGAGGAAGAGGAAGACGACGAUGUGGAUACCAUGCUGAUCAUGCAGCGCCUUGAGGCCGAGCGAAGAGCAAGGCAGACUGCUCUGCCAGCAAUCUCUGUUCUAGAUUUGUUACAGGAUGAGGAGCGGAGACGGCAGCAGCAGCUAGAAGAGAUGCGUAAACGGGAAGCAGAAGACCGAGCCAGACAGGAGGAAGAGCGGCGCCAGCAGGAGGAGGAGCGAGUCAGACGGGAUGCCGAGGAAAAGAGGCGACAGGAAGAAGGGUAUUACAGCCGCCUGGAAGCCGAAAGGCGCAGACAGCACGACGAGGCCGAGCGCAGGCUGCUGGAGCCCGAGGAGCCGGGGCUGGGCCGGCCCCCCCUGCCGCGCGGCUACGAGCCGCCGCCCCCGUCCCCCCCGGCCGGCGCGCCCCCGCCCCCGCCGCAGCGCGGCGCCUCCUUCCUGCAGGCGCAGGCGCUGUCCCCCGACGCCCUGUACACCGCCAAGCUGGUCGCCUACGGCGAGGAGGAGGCGGAGGACGGCAGCCUAGCAGGUCAGCACCGGGGGGCCGGCACGAGCAAGUCUCCCGGGGCCCUGCCUCCCGCCGCGCCUCCGCCGCAGCCCCCGCGCCGGCCGCGCCCGGCCUCCGAUGGCAUCUUUCUCUCCAACUCAUUCCAGCCGCCCUCGGCCAGCGCCAACAGUACUGCUCACGAAGCAGGCCAGCCCCCGCCCCCUCCAAAAAAGCCAGGCGUCCGCCCGCCCAGCCACUCCCGGGGUCGAGGACCAAACUCUUACACGGGAUCUGCUGUGACAGCCCUCGGUGCCCAUGAUGCUCAUCGGGAUUCAAGAGAGAGACUGUCCAAAAGCCAAGACGCAGAUGCACCUGGAGGUUCUGGGGCCCCUGAAAACUUGACCUUCAAAGAACGCCAGCGCCUCUUUUCACAAGGUCAGGAUGUGUCCAAUAGAGUCAAAGCGUCUCGGAAGUUGACAGAGCUGGAGAACGAGCUGAACACCAAAUGAGGAGGGGGGCACCGCGGGCAGGGCUUGGAGACGGGAGAGGAGGCUGCGUCCCCAGGUCCCCACCGCUGCCUCCACAAUGUCGGGUCGGAGACGUUCCAGUUCCAAGGAAUUCUAUUUUAUUUUGCCGAGAGAUUGUCCUUUCUACAAUUUAAAUACUAAUUUCCUAAGUCUCUGACUCACAUAAAGGUAACUUUUUUUUAGUUUCUUUUCUGGAGUCUGAGUUUGAAAGGGGACAGAAUGAAGGGCCGUAGAAGAUAAUGAAAUGUUUCUCCUCCCGUCUCUUCCCCAAGGAGCACAAAGAAGUUUCAUUUCUGUUCUUUCUCAAAGACUUUCUUUUAGCUCACGCAGAAUAGCUUGAACCACCCAGACUAUCGUUUGCACUAUUUAGUAGCAACUGCACACUGUUCUCGGGACGAGUCAGGUCUCGCCUCCCCGGGGAGAGGGCUCGCCAGCACGUGCCGUCUGUACGUCGAGCGCAGCCCACGUGGCAGCCCCUCUGGUCUCUGCGUGGUCACGACGCAGGAGGACGAUGCGCACCAGAGACUUUGCUCCAUCUCAUUCCUUGCAGGUACACGCCCGCCUGAUCAAUGCUAAACGUGUGAUUGGAAAGAAUUUCUCCAAGAAGAAAAUGUUGAGGAUUUAAACUUAGGAAAUUUUAUUUUUAUAAAUAUCAGAUUAUUGUUAGACUAAUAAAUCAUUGGUGAUUUUGAAGAUGGCAGUUAAGUUAGAAAGUUAACUAAAUAUUUCAGGUAUUCCAAGGGAAUCUGUGAAAGAGGAUGUCCUUAGUCACACGGUGUUGCUGUGAAUAGGAACGAAAAUACCUGAGAGGAACCGAGAUUAGCAGCUGACACUCCAGCACAGCUGUUGUUAGAGGUUUUAAAUUUGCAGCACUAGAUUUCCCUUGGUAUGCUGUCAGGGAGCGGAAGGGUUCAACUGCAUAUGACAUCUGUAAUUUAAAUAUUGUAAGAAUAACUCAUGGCAGUUCAAGCUAUUUUUUUACACUCUAAUAGAGUUAUUUAAUUUUCAUUGUUGAAUUAUCAGUCACACUGUCAUUUCUUCAGCUAUGGCUAUGUAGCUGACGUUGGGGAGAUGGACCUCACUUUGUUUAUGUUGUGAUGUUAAAAUGGUAAAUUACUUUGUGAUUACGAGCACAUUUUCUAUUUGACAAAGCCCUGCUGUGGGGUCUGGGUGAUUUUCCUGUACCGUAUUGUUCUCUUACAGAUGUGUAUGUUCAGAGAACGUACACACUUUGAAACAGAAGAGGGAGAGGCUUUCUGGCCUUACGAUCACUUUAAUGAGAGUUGUAUGAGGAAUCAUUAAAAUGCGAGUGUAAAUAUUUUUGUGUCAAUCAGGGUUCUUAUUUGGAAGUGUGCUUUUACUGUUUCCCGUGUUUAAGUAAGAGUAAAAUGCAAGGAAGGACCGGCGUGCUGGCUCCACGCACGCGGCAAAGUGGGCUCCUCCCCGAGGCCUGGAGAGCGCUGGCCGCCUGGUGGGAUGCGGCCCACCCCUUCUUUACGGAAAAAGAUGCAGGAGAACAACUCUCCUGUUAAUAUGUGGAAAACAACAAAUACACAUACGUCCGCGCAAACGCAUGUAAAUAGCUACAUCCAGGGACGUUUGUGUGUGUGCCUGUGAGCCCGUAACAGGAGGAUUUGGCCGUCCUUAGAUGAGGUCAAAUGUGAAUACAUGGGAAGUGCUUUUCCUGCCUGUGCGUCACUGUGGAAAACGUCACAACUGCUGUAGUGUCCCUUUCUACUGUAUUUCAUUUGCAGCCUAUUUUUAAUAAACUUUGUAUGUAUUUAA